AUGACCGCAAUCGACGACGGACCAGAAGCAAAAAAGGCGAAAAUGUUCGCCGCCCCGACGGUCGAAGAAGUCGCCGCUCUUCGUGAAGCCGAGGGAAUCUUCAGUGGCCGCUUGAGUCAGCUCAAAACGGACGAAAUUCUCCGCGAAAUUACUCCUUCCCAGAGCGAACUAAACGAGCUCUCCGAAAUCCUCGGAGCGAUCAGGACUCUCAUGAAGAAGUUGCCAAAGCUUGACGACAUGAAUCUCGAAGACGUCGGAACUUCAGUCAAGGAUUCCGUCAUUCCGAUCGUGAUGAGCCCUCCAAGCGACAAAGGGCUCGUCCGAUUUCUCCCACCAUCGCGAAUUUCACUCAUUGAUCUGGAUUCCAGCGUCAAAUACGAUGAAAAAAUCGAGGCCAGAAUCGAAUUCGAAAUGCCCAAAGCCUGUUUGCAAGAAAAAGACGUCUGGGACGAGCGAUUUUUCAGAAAGAGAGCGAUUUACAUGGCUUAUUUAGCGACAGUUUUGACGAAGAAAUUCGACGUCAGCUAUAGAAUCGUCAAUGGUUUGAGAAUUAAGCCAAUGAUGAUUCUUUCCAACGAGAAAUUUCAAAUCACGUGCGAAAUAAAAACAGAAGUGGAGUUCGCAAAACGAGUAAGGUUCAUCCCUUCUCGCUGCAACAUUCAUUACAACUGGUGGGCCCAGAUUUCCGAGGAUGAUUCCAUUCCCGCUGAAACGACGCUUUACAACUCCGCCAUGCUCGACGAUCAAAUUUCCUUCGAGCAAGAAGAAAAAGACCUCCUGGAGAAAUUCUCAUCUCUGCCCCCUUCGCUGAACAACGCAUCCCGAUUAUUCAAGCUCUGGACGAGGCAGUCAUGCAUUCAUCAUUUCGAAUCUUCUCCGGAUUUUUUCAAAACAUACGCGCUCACUUUACUCGUCAAAAAUCGAAUGCCCCGUCUCGCAUCCGCUUUUCAAAUCUUCCGUCUCGUGUUGGAAUCACUCGCUGCGGGCGAUUUAUCUUCCCUAUCCGGCCUCUCAGAUACCGAAUGGCCCGCUCCGUGCCUUGGCUCGACUCAGGGGAGAAAUCUGUUAUCAAAUGUUCCGCUGAGCGCUUGCGAAUGGCUCCGUUUUUCGGCAGCCCGAGAUAGCAAAAUUCUAGCGAAGGAUCUUUCCAACGGAGUGAUUUCCACUCUCGUCAACAAACGAAGCUUCUUGUCUCUUUCCCAUGCGAUUGUUCUUCUACCAGACGAUGGUUCCUUACAGUGCGUUCUCAAGCGAAACCGAAACGACACUAGAAUCGCCGCUCUUUCAGGAGACACAGCUACUACAGCGCUGGAGUACUUAAUUCUGCUCCUGAAAAACGCCGUGACAGAUCGAAUCGUCGCAAUCUGCCCGAAAGUGCCGGAAUUCAAGCCUUGGUCCACAGUGCAACAGCCGCCAAAGUCUGAGGAAGUCUUUGGCCUCGGCUUUGGCAUUUCCUUGUCUGAAAGCGAAACGAACAAUUUGGCGAAGGUCUUUAGAGGACCAGCAGCGGAUAACGAUUCUGCGAAAAGGUUCAGGAGUCUUUGGGGAGCAAAGGCGGAUGAGAGAAGAUUUCAGGACGGAUCAAUUUGCGUCGCAGCGCAUUUCGAUUCUGAAGAUCCACUGGAAGCAGCUGUUCGUCAUUUGCUCAAAUUUCACGGUCAAAUUGAAAAAGUCGAGUAUUUCGGACGAAUGCAAAGCGAGAAUAGAGCCGACUUCGCGGAGUAUCAAAAGCUAUCUGAUGGUUACGCGGAGCUCGAGCAGAUCCUGCGCUCAAAUGACCUCGAUUUGCCGCUGCGAAUUACACACCUCUGGCCGGUGAGUCCUACUUUCCGCGGGACAAGUUCUAUUCCCUUUUCGCCAAAAGCAAGUCACCUGCCGAAAGCCGCUUAUCAGUACAACGUCGACGUUCCAGAAGCAAAAUCACUUCCUUCCCAUUUCGCUUCCAAUCGAAUUCUACUUCAGCUUGAAGGAUCUUCGAAAUGGCCACAGAAUAUUCAAGCAAUUAGGAAACUGAGACAGGCUUAUCAUAUCAGACUUGCGGAGAUUCUCGCCAAUAAAUUUCAAGUAAAUAACAAGCUCAAAUUUUCCUUAUUAUUUAUUAGAUGA